AUGAAAGCGCAUUUUACCAACAGGGGUCACAUUACUUGCAAUGACUUAGAAAAUGCAUUCCUAAAGUCCGAAAGAGGAAGCGAGGACUUGUUCAAAUUGGGACUGCUGUAUUUUGUGGAGUUUGUGAUAAUGGGUAAACCCCAAAAUGUGAAGACAAACGAGGAGUACUUACAUUUGGUUCAUAAAAUGGACGAAUUCAACGAUUAUCUAUGGGGAUCUAUAUCUUUUGAGUUUCUGCAAGAUUCUCUGUUGUUUGCUCCCGGGAAGAAAGAGAGUGAUGAAGUGAAUGAUGGGAAGGGAAAAGGACAUAAAAAAGGCAGAAACGCGGUGCGGAGUUCAGUGAGAAAAUGGAAGAAAAACGUGGAAGAUGAGAAGCCUAAAAGAAUUAACAGACCUUGA